AUGGACCCGCCGGACCGAACCGUGGAUAGCGGGGGUGGCGCCGUCUUCCAAGGCGACAUUACGGCAGGCAGGGACAUCACCAUCAACCAGAUCACCGAAAUACGGCAGGUCGCUGAACAUUUGAGCAGUCGUUGCAACGAAACAAACAACUCCCAUAAACUUCUCGGUAGCCUAGAGGCUUUGAGUGUGUUUGCGAAAUACACUGAAGACUAUGCGAAUACGCUCGACACCAGCGUGUUUUCCAGCGACCUACACUUUGGAAGAGUUUCAGAAGAAUGCGCUUCAAUACUACGAGAGCUCAAACUACUGGUAGAGACGCUAGAGCAAGGUGAACUUGGAGGAUACGAGCCUUCUCCAUCCUUCGGCGAUAAUGUUCUGGAUUUGCGGUCGAGGCUCACAAGUCUGCAAUCGCAUCUCAACAUCGUCAGCAACCGCAAGGCCCAGAGAGACUACAAUACUAUCAAGGAGACUCUCACUCAGCUGGUGAACAGCCUGACAAGUACAGACAAGGCUUUUUCCAUUCGCAGCUUCGUUACGGCACCAUCAAUUCGCUGUUUCCCCACGGCCCCAUCCAUUCGUAGCUUCGUCACGGCUCCAUCUAUUCGCAGCUUUGCUACGGCUCCAGAAAUUACAGAUGACGAACAACAGGUCUGGCUAGAAAUAGAGAGAUCUCUACGAACAGCAGGCUUUACUACAGAGUUCGUCGGAAACAAUCGUCACCUCAUUGUAGCUGUAUUGGAGGAUACGUUUCUGGAGAAUACUGAUCCUUGGAUCGUGGAAGGAGCCGAAUCCAAAGCAUCGCCAUCUGGAUUUACAGUUCCAACAUUACGUCUGUCUGAAACUUACAACAUCGCCAGCACUGAGAGUGAGGUGGUCGACAACAUCAACCAUGAAGCAUCGCUGCGUUCAGUGUUAGACAAGCUACUGUUCAGUAAGACUGAUCGAGACGAAGAACUCAGCGACGUCGCAUCAGUCCGCUCAUUCCUCAGCAGCGAUGAACCCUUCACUAAGACCGAGGGAGAGGAGGGAUCCAACGAUGGCGCAUCUUUCCGUUCAGUGUACCACGAAGAGUCUCCGACUAAUACUGAGAAACGGAAAGAGUUCAACUGUGACAGACCGUUGAGCCUAGUGAACAAUGACACACCUUCUCAAGCAGACAAAACGGGGACCAAAUGGUCGAGAUCAGUGGAGGAUGGGACAGGAGAAUGUCUACUCACUCUCGAUGGUGGUGGGGUCAAGUCGUGGUCGAGUCUUUUGAUCAUUAAGGCGCUUAUGGAAGAGGUCAUCGCUUGUGAGAAUCGGUUCGAGCGACAAUUUACACAUUAUCCCAGGAGCUUUGAGGCUGCGAAUUUCCGUCCAUGCCAUUACUUCCACAAGAUGUAUGGCACAUCGACGGGAGGGAUAUUAGCCAUCGCACUGAGUCGACUGCGCAUGACCGUAAGCGAAACGAUCACUGCUUUCGAAAAGAUUUUGAGCGAGAUGUACACACACGUCCGUACCCGGGUUACUCUCGUCAAGAAGUAUCACAAUAUACCCAUGAGAAAGGGCCUUGAAGCGGUAGUCCAACAGUACUGCAAACAGCACGAGCUGGGCCAGUGCAGCCAAGAAGACAAGUUCCGGUGGCGUGCACCAAUCCACGAUGAUCAGGGGUACGAAGACGAUUCAGACGAUUCGGAUGACUCCAGUAAUCUGAAUAUAUGGCGGGAUCGUCCUUCCAGAGAGUCUAAACUCCGUGCGCGCGAGGCCCAGACCCCGGAAUAUCACCUUUGCCAAACAAUAUGCUUGGCCGCUGUCCGCUCGGGGCAGCUAGAUGAAGCGUAUCUAUUGCGUACAUACAGUCAUCAUUACGACCCAGAUAUUGCCCCUCCUUGGGUUACUCCAUACAACCAAGAUACUCUCGACCUUAACACGUGGGAAGUAGGUCGCGGCACCACUGCUACACCGUUCCGUUUCGACACGUUAGUAGUCACUGGCCCCGACGGUCGCUUGGGUCUGAAAGAUGGUGGGAUACGAGAGAACAACCCUAGCUAUUGUGCUUAUUCCGAGGCCGCCUCACUUUGGGGAGAUGAUAAAGAACCCUCACUUCUACUGUCUAUUGGAGCUGGACAAACUAGCUCCAAAUUGGAUGACUUCUCCCUCUCGGGAAUCUUACCGAUCAGGCUGUCCGCGCUGAACAAAUAUGCGGGAAAAUUAGCCGUAUUUAAGAACACACUGAUCAAAUACACGGAAGGUCAGACCCGGCAUAAGAUGAUGCGCACUAUUGCUAGAGGUGGACACACGUGGUAUAAACGCUUCGAAGUCACGAAAGGUUUGGAGAAGAUAGGUGCUGAUCAAUGGGAACCCGGGAUGCUGCUCUCCACAGGCGGACACGAGACUAUGCGUCCGGGUGGUAAAACUUUGAACACUAUAAACACUGCCACCGAGGUGUACCUGAGUCGACAAGAGCCUGAUAAGAGUGUCAAUGAAUAUGCCGCCCCACAACAGAUGCUGAAGCAGACCGCAGAGAAGUUGGUUCGCAUGCGGAGGGCGCGAGAGCUCGAGGCCAUGACUCAGGGUGGGGAAAAGCGCGAGCAUUGGGAGGCGUUCAUGGGCAAGCACCUCAUUGGUGAGCGGGAAUUUUUUCCGAAGUACCAAGAGGAGUGGGACUACGCCCUGCUAGGUCGUAAGCAUUAG